AAAGCUGUAUGAAGUGGAUCAGGUUUACCGGGUGCUGGUUCGAGUCCCCCCCCUCUCUCUCCUCCCCCUCUCUCUCGGACACAUUCCCCUCUCCUCUCUCCCCUCAGAAGCGCCUCUUCCUCCCCCUUUCUGACGGUCAUCAGCAGGUCUAUCCCCGGGACAACAUGGCGUCAGGCGUGACCGUGAACGACGAGGUGAUCCGGGUGUUCAACGACAUGAAGGUGAGGAAGUCUUCGUCAACUGAAGACGUGAAGAAGAGGAAGAAGGCGGUGCUGUUCUGCCUGAGCGAAGACAAGAAGAAGAUCAUUGUGGAGGAGGGGAAGCAGAUCCUGGUGGGCGAUAUCGGGGAGAGCGUGGACGACCCGUACGGAUGCUUCGUCAAACUGCUGCCGCCCAACGACUGCCGGUACGGGCUGUACGACGCCACGUACGAGACGAAGGAGAGCAAGAAGGAGGACCUGGUCUUCAUCUUCUG